AUGCGUUUCUCCUCCAUCAUCGCCGGCUUCGCCGCCCUCUCAGUGUCUUCAGCAACCCCGGUGCCCCUCAGCUUCCUCCCCUUCGGCAACCUGCCUUCCCAAUCAAGCACAGGCGCAAGCAUCAUCGCCAACCUAGACACCCUCCAAGGCUCCAUCCUCAAGCUCACCACAACCCUCAAUGGCCUCGACUACACCAACGGCAACUCCCUCAGCGCCAACAACAUCCUAAAACUCCCCGCGGUCCUCUUGAACACAAUCGGCCUCAACUCGGCCUCCUCUUCCGCCUUACUCGAUGCAAAGGCCCUGACUCUAGCCCUCAACUCGACCGACUCGACCGCCAUCGUCAAUAAGCUCACAAAUGAUAUCCAGCCUGCGCUCAAGACGGUCACGGAUCUGUUGAACAAGGCCAAGACAUCUGGUAUUGUCGCGUCGUUGACGCCGCUGGGUCAGACUGAUUACCUCAAGCUAAUCCAGACGAAUCUCGGCGGCCUCGGGACCGCUCUGUCGCCUUACAUCGAUACUACCUCCCAGUCUGGCUUGACUGGCGUAACUGCCACUCUCAGCAACCUCUUGAAAGCUACUGUCAACGUCUACACCUCUUGA